GCCGGAAGUGCUUGGGGAGGGCCGCGCAGUCGGACCGGCUGCUGAGACGAAAGCUUCACUGGGGCAGUCUCCGCAUAUCAUGGGGAGAUAGACGCUGCUGCCUGUAGCUUUUGAAAUGGCUGGCUCUCAUUACACCGGGCUUACAGCUGUUGCUGAUGUAAUUAAAGAUCUAGACACUCAGAUAGCAUUGAUUGGCCUUGGUCCUCACAGCUCCAAAAAGAAACAGGAUCUUGAUAAGCUCUAUGAGCUGAAGUCCAAAGCUCGGCAGAUUAUGAACCAGUUUGGCCCCUCAGCCCUAAUCAACCUCUCCAAUUUUUCAUCUAUAAAACCAGAGCCAGCCAGCACCCCUCCACAAGGCUCCAUGGCCAAUAGCACCACUGUGGUAAAGAUACCAGGCACUCCUGGGACAGGCGGUCGUCUUAGCCCUGAAAACAAUCAGGUACUAACCAAGAAGAAAUUACAAGACUUAGUCAGAGAGGUGGAUCCUAAUGAGCAGCUGGAUGAAGAUGUGGAGGAGAUGCUGCUACAGAUCGCUGAUGAUUUCAUCGAGAGUGUAGUGACAGCAGCCUGCCAGCUUGCUCGGCAUCGCAAGUCCAGCACCCUGGAGGUUAAAGAUGUCCAGCUGCAUCUAGAGCGCCAGUGGAACAUGUGGAUCCCAGGAUUUGGCUCCGAGGAAAUCCGACCCUACAAAAAAGCUUGCACCACAGAAGCUCACAAACAGAGAAUGGCAUUGAUCCGGAAAACAACGAAGAAAUAACACAGGGACAGUCAGUGAAUGGACGACAUGCAUUUGGAGAUACUUGAGCUGAGACCUCAGCCAUCUCAUCCUUGGAUUUUUUUUUAAAUGCUUUACAGAGAAGCAUAUAUUUUUUAUUAACAGUGCAGCAAUAUCUAUAAUGACUGAGAAGAUCUGCCAAAAGAAUAAAGCCUCCUACCCCAACUUCUGGUUCCUUUUCCCUGCCGUCUCAAAGAGAAGCAGUGUAUCUUCGGGAGAAGACGUGGCCCAGUUUGUCUUAUAAAUGAUUGACUGUAGGCAGAGCGGUAUAUGCAGUCAUGUUAGGUGAGACAGUGUUAGCAAGGUUGUAGCGGGUUUGUCUGCUCCUUCCCCUAGUCCCUGUACUUUGUAAUGUCAGUGUUUAUAUGAAUAUGAACUUGAUUUGCUUUUCCAGAAUAAAGACUCGGUGCACAGCUGAGAGCCUCUAAAAUGCCAGUCAGGCCCAGCCAGGCUGAAGCGCUGCCGUCAGCAGGUGGCAGCAGAGGCUCCGCACCGAUCCGUACAUUUAAGAAAGUUUUUCAGUUUUACUCAGAAGGAACAAACUAGCAAGAGUUGGAAUCCAGUUUCUCUGCCACCAGACAGGGUAAACUAGUUCUGAAAUAAACAAGCAUUCUAGUUCUGGUAAUGUCAGUGUCCCUGGGACUUUUUUCUU